AUGGACCUCUACGACUCUACGCACGGCAAGUUCGACGGCUCGGUGGAAACCAACGACGACAGCCUGGUGGUGAACAGCGAGGUGAUCCACGUGUUCGCGGCGCGCAGCCCGUCGCCCGUGAUACAACGCCGGCGCCACAAGGUGGUGAACUCGGAGCCGCCCAAGGACUCCACGCCCAUGUACAUGAUGGGCGUGAACCACAAGAAGUACGAUGGAUCAGCGCCCGUGGUGUGGAACGCGUCGUGCUUCGGAGGUGGCACUGGCGGUCUUGGCGGAGCGGGCGGCCUCAGUGGUGUCGACUUUCGAAGCCGGCCAGUCAAGAGUGCCAGCAUCGUGAAAAACCACUGCGCCAGCCGCGCUUCUCGAAAGCGGCCCUGUGGUGCGCCUCAUGAACAUGACGAUCAGCAUGGCUGGUGGUCGCUGUUGCCAGUCGCAGAUGCUGCGGCUGCGAAGCAGGCGCAGUAG